AACUUCAUUUUCCUCCCACUUGGACUUUUUGUAAAUUAAAACUUAAAAAAAAAAGGAAAGAGAGAUAAAAAAACGUUUUUCUCCUGCUUGCGUUUUCUCAAAGGUUUCGAAGAGAACGAAGAACCAAGCUUUUUUUUUUUGCUUUUCUCCCAAGACUUGAAUCUAAAUCGAGUUCCAUCUUUUUGAUUCUUUCUUAAUCUGGGUUUCAGUCUUCGGAAUUCAAUGGCGUCUGGAUCUUCGGGCCGGGUCAACUCAGGAUCUAAAGGCUUCGAUUUUGGCUCCGAUGAUAUCCUCUGCUCUGACUACACAAACCAAGACUACAUCAACCAGGACUCUUCUAAUGGUUCUAACUCCGAUCCUGCGAUCGCUGCUACCAACAAGGAAUUUCAUAAAACCAGGAUGGCAAGGUCUUCGGUUUUCCCCACAAGUUCUUACAGCCCACCGGAGGACUCUUUGAGCCAAGACCUUACUGACACUGUCGAAAGAACCAUGAAGAAGUAUGCAGAUAACAUGAUGCGUUUUCUUGAAGGUAUCAGCUCACGCUUGUCCCAGCUAGAACUCUACUGCUACAACCUUGAUAAGACUAUUGGAGAAAUGAGAUCGGAGUUGACUCAUGAAAACGAGGAGGCUGAUGUAAAGCUUAGAUCUAUGGACAAACAUCUUCAAGAGGUGCAUAGGUCAGUCCAGAUUCUCAGAGAUAAACAAGAGCUAGCAGACACUCAGAAAGAGCUAGCAAAGCUUCAACUUGUGCAGAAAGAGUCAUCUUCUUCAUCUCACUCUCAACAUGGUGAGGAUCGGGUGGCUACUCCUGUUCAAGAGCCUAAGAAGAGUGAGAACACCUCAGAUGCACACAACCAGCUUGCACUUGCUUUGCCUCACCAAAUAGCCCCACAGCCACCAGCGCAGUUGCAGCAGCAUCCACAGCAGCAGCAACCACAGCAGCAGCAGUAUUAUAUGCCUCCUCCUACACAGCUUCAAAACACACCUGCACCUAUUUCCAUUCCACCAUCAAAACCUCAAGCACCACCAGCACAGAGUCAGUACAUGCCCCCACCCCCUGCUCCAUCCCACCCAAGCUCAGCCCAAACUCAGUCAUUCUCGCAGUACCAGCAAAACUGGCCUCCCCAGCCACAGGCCAGGCCACCAUCAAGUGGAGCCUACCCAACAUACCCGCCUGCACCAACAAGCAACCAAUCCCCUGUCGAACCAUUGCCAAGCAGCAUGCAGAUGCAAUCACCAUAUUCUGGACCUCCACAACAGUCUAUGCAAGCUUACGGAUACAGUGCACCACCACCACCACAGGCUCCACAGCAGACAAAGAUGUUGUAUAGCCCCCAGACAGGCGAUGGGUAUCUACCAUCAGGACCUCCUCCUCCUGCCGGUUAUGCCAAUGCCAUGUAUGAAGGUGGGCGAAUGCAAUACAACACACCUCAGCCACCGCAGCAGCAGCAGUCCCAUUACUUGCAAGGUCCACAAGGUGGUGGAUACGCUCCCCAGCCCCACCAGGCAGGUGGCGGUAACACUGGUGCACCACCUGUGUUGAGAUCAAAAUACGGUGAACUGAUAGAAAAGCUAGUGAGCAUGGGGUUCAGAGCAGACCAUGUGAUGGCCGUGAUUCAGCGGAUGGAAGAGAGUGGCCAACCCAUUGACUUUAACGCCCUCCUAGACAGAUUGAGUGGGCAGUCCUCAGGAGGGCCUCCCAGAGGAGGAUGGUGAAGUGAAGUGAAGCGAUAUCCCUUGUUCUACUUUGUAUCUUUGACAAUAAAAACUGUGCUUCCUCCUUUCACCUGAGUUACUCUAUAGGCCCUAGUUUUAUUGGGCCCAAUAGAUUGGGUCUGUUGUGUAUUGUUUAUGCGACUCAAUUUAUGUUUAGUUAAAAAGCUCUCUAUUUAUUUGUGUAUGUUGUUAAUUUCAAAAAGUUCCUCGUGAACACUCCCUUCUUAUGAGUUGUUAUCUUUGAUCAAA